UCACCACCCGGCGACUUGGAACGAUUAUCGUCCCGGUGUGGCGACGGCGGUGGCCACUGUUCAUAUCCACACUCCUCAGUCUCCUCUCCUCUUCUCACUCACCCAUCUCGCCGUCUACUUAACUCUGUAGGCCUCCUCCUCCAGCUCCUUGCUUUCAUUCUCCCCACCAUCCUGUAUCAUGCCGCAGUGGUCACAACUCGCCGCCCGUGCCAAACCCGGUCCUCGCACCCAGGUGGUCCUCCAGCGUGCUGCUCAGCUCGGCUCCCUCUUCCGCCUCCUCGUUCUUCUCAAGGCCCUCGUCGGCCUCUACCGCCAUGUCUACGCCUACGGCUUUGUAGGCACAAGUAAGCAGAUCUACGGCGCCUUUAGGAACAUCUUCGUUCGCAUCAUGCUCCGCAUGCCGAGCGCCCGCGUGCAGAUUGCCAAGGAACUCGCCAAGACGCGCGCCGAGCUGUCCGCCAAGAUCGCGCCCAAGACCCUCCCGCCUGGCGUUGAGCUCGAGGAUGUUCGCGAGCUUCCCGAGAAGGGGCGAGACAUCGAGUGGCUCCGCAGAGAGUGGAGCAACAUGGCCAAGCUCGACAGAGGCGACCUCAGCGCUGGCCGCGUCUCGGGUGCUGUCUACCACGGCGGAGAUGACCUGAACGUCGUCAUCAACGAGGCCAUGUCCAACUUCAUCGUUUCUAACCCCUUACACCCUGACGUGUUCCCCGGCGUGCGCCGCAUGGAGGCUGAGCUUGUGUCGAUGGUGCUCAAGCUGUUCCACGGCGAGAAUGGCGCUGGCACUACCACGUCGGGCGGCACAGAGUCGAUUCUCAUGUCGUGCAAGGCGCACCGCGACUGGGCGCGCGCAGUCAAGGGCGUCUCCGCGCCAGAGAUGAUUAUUCCGUCUACGGCACACGCCGCGUUCUGGAAGGCGUCGCAGUAUUUCAAGAUCAAGCUGCACGUCGUGCCUGUUCAUCCGCGCACGCGCAAGGCCGACGUGACAAAGAUGAAGCGCUUCAUCAACCCGAACACGAUCAUGCUGGUCGGUUCGGCACCCAACUUCCCCGACGGCAUCGUUGACCCGAUCGAGGACCUUGCCGCCCUGGCGCGCAAGUACAAGACGGGCCUGCACGUGGACUGCUGCCUCGGCUCGUUCAUCAUCUCCUUCGCCCAGCGUGCCGGAUACAGCGACGGCCUGCCCAAGUUUGACUUCUCCGUACCGGGCGUUACCGCCAUCUCGUGCGACACGCACAAGUAUGCCUUCUGCCCGAAGGGCUCAAGUAUCAUCAUGUACAACUCACCCGCCAUGCGCCGGUAUCAGUACUAUGUCAUGACCGACUGGGCCGGUGGGGUGUACGCCUCGCCCUCUAUGGCUGGUUCGCGCCCCGGCUCGAUCAUUGCCGGCGCGUGGGCCGUCGUGAACACGUACGGUGUUGAGGGAUACACCCAGUCGGCGAAGGACAUUAUCGGCGCCGCGCGCCACUUCAAGGACCAGCUUCAAAAGCGGUUCCAGGACGACCUGUUUGUCAUCGGCGACCCGCUUCUGUCUGUCGUCGCGUUUGGGUCCGACUCGCUCAACAUUUACGCCGUCGGCGACCGGAUGAGCAAGAAGGGCUGGCACCUCAACCCCCUCAACAAGCCCGCCGGUCUUCACAUGGCGUUCACCAAGCUCACCGCCACCAGCGUCGACCAGCUCCUCGACGACCUCGCCGAGUGCAUCGCCGCCGAGAAGAAGGAGCCCGAGUCGGGCGGUAACCUCGUCGCGCUGUACGGCGUCGGCCAGACUGCCGUUGGACCACACGUGGUGGGCAAGGUUGCUGAGAUGUUCCUCGACACCCUUUACGAGUAAUUUCCGGAGAUUCCGGAUGAACACCAGCGCCUCGACUCAGACGAGAC